AUGAAUUUUGAUAAUGAGAUUAGAUAAUUUAUUGGUUUUUAAUGGCUUAUUUCUUGUUUGAUUUGGAUUAAUAGAAGAUGGAAGAAACGAAAUAAAAAGAAUGUGAAUGAGAUAAGCCCAUUAGAAAUGGGUUAAUAUCUUUUGUAAAUCUAAUUAUCAAAUCUGUGUUUUAUUCUUAGAGAUAUAUUUAAAUAUCACAAAAAUGAGUUUUCCUAACUAAGAUUACCUAGCAAUGCUUAAAGCAAAGCCUCCAAUGUAUCCUCAAUUACAGCAGACUCCAUAGACAUAAAUGAUUUACCAAAAUCACUAAUUUAUGUAUGUAACAACAUCAUUUCACCAUCUACUUAUCCUUAUUAUACUAUAUUGUCUAAACUAUUAUGAAUAUUUAGCUAGCCCUAUAUGAACUAUGUACCCUAAUACUAUAUGAUGCAACAACUAUAACAAAUGCAGUAGAUGCAAUAAAUUCCAUCCAUGGCUGGUUUGGGUCCUUUAAGAAUGCCAUUACCACAACCUUAACAACAAAUGUAACCUCCUCCAUAAAUGGUUACGCCUUUACCAAUUUAACCUACAACUCCACCUUAACCUAAAACUGAUUAGAACUUGCCUGUUUAGGUAAAAGGUACCAAAGUUAAGCUUAACCUCAAAAUAAUUAAAGACAUACCAUAAGAAGAAGACAGUGUACUGGAUUAUGACGAAAUCAAAAAGCAAAGUGGAGAUCGCCAAUUUAUCAAUUUAAAGAGAAAACGUCGACUUCUUGAUUAAUAAGAUGCACCUUUAAUGCAAACACGUAGACGUAGUGAACAAUCAUAAUGUAUAUAUAUGUAGCUAAACCAUUUUAGAUUUAGAAAUCAGAGAAAUGUUAAAUGUAGAUGACAAAGACAUGACACUUAUUAUGGAAGCUUAUCCAGACACCAAAGCUCUACUUCAAGAAUUAAAGAAUGGAAAUUUAAAGUAAGAAAUAGACGAUUUAUUACUCAAAGGAAUUUGA